GGGUUACGGUAAGUGCGGAAGCUGGGCGAGGGAGCCUCUUAUUCUCCCUCCAGCUGGGCCUCUUUGUGGUGAGUGUCGAAGCGGCGAGGCUGGCAGGUCAGGGUGCUGGACUGGCUCUGGCGCGGCCCCGCCUGCCCGCCCCGCCUCCCUCCUGGGUCCCGGCCCUGCGCGCCGUUGCUGUGGCAGCGCAGGACGCGGCUGGAGCUGGGUUGUGGCGCCCUCCAUCUACUUCUCCAUAGGCCUCCCUGGCCCACUGGCUCAGGCCCAGCCUGCCGCUCCGCCAUGCCACGGAGGAGGCGCAGGAGCAGGGUGAGUGCCCUGGAGGGCGGCCGGGAGGAAGAGGCGCCCCCGGAGGCUGCCGCUGUGCCUUCGGCGCCGUUAACGUCCCAGCAGCAGACGGAGGCUGCGGCGGAGCGGAUUCUGCUCCGGGGCAUCUUCGAGAUCAGGAGGGGCAGCUGUGACGUGGUGCUGAGCGAGCGAGCCCUGCGGUGGCGGCCCAUUUUGCCCGAGCGCCCGGCGGGUGAUUCUAAGUAUGACUGGCUAUGUAAAGAAGAAUUUAUUGAACUCAAAGACAUAUUCUCUGUGAAACUGAAACGGCGUUGUUCUGUUAAACAGCAGAGAAGUGGUACUUUAUUAGGUAUCACACUCUUCAUUUGCUUGAAAAAGCAGCAAAAUAAACUAAAGAAUUCUACACUUGAUCUUAUUAAUUUAAGUGAAGACCACUGUGACAUAUGGUUUAGACAGUUCAAGAAAAUAUUGGCAGGCUUUCCAAACAGACCGAAGUCAUUAAAAAUAUUCCUUAACCCCCAGAGUCACAAAAAAGAAGCUACCCAUGUUUAUCAUGAGAAGGUUGAACCUCUGUUGAAGCUUGCAGGAAUAAAAACUGAUGUAACAAUAAUGGAAUAUGAAGGGCACGCUCUGUCACUGCUCAAGGAAUGUGAACUCCAGGGAUUUGAUGGUGUUGUCUGUGUUGGUGGAGAUGGAUCUGCUAGUGAAGUAGCCCAUGCUUUGCUUCUGAGAGCCCAGAAGAAUGCUGGGAUGGAAACAGACCGAAUCCUGACACCUGUCAGAGCACAGCUUCCACUUGGCUUAAUACCAGCAGGAUCUACCAAUGUAUUGGCACAUUCUCUUCAUGGAGUUCCUCAUGUGGUAACUGCAACAUUGCACAUUAUAAUGGGGCAUGUACAGCUGGUCGAUGUCUGCACCUUUAGCACCACUGGAAAGCUUCUUCGCUUUGGGUUCUCAGCCAUGUUUGGCUUUGGUGGAAGAACUUUGGCUCUGGCAGAAAAAUAUCGAUGGAUGUCCCCUAACCAAAGGAGAGAUUUUGCUGUCGUUAAGGCACUGGCAAAACUUAAGCCAGAAGACUGUGAAAUAUCAUUUUUACCAUUUAACAGCUCUGAUGAUGUGCAAGAAAGGAGGGAACAGCGAUCUCCCAAAUCUGACUGUAAUGAUCAGUGGCAAAUGAUCCAGGGUCAGUUCUUGAAUGUCAGCAUUAUGGCAAUUCCUUGCCUGUGUUCAGUGGCACCUAGAGGCUUGGCACCGACUACCAGGUUAAAUAAUGGAAGUAUGGCUCUUAUAAUUGCCCGAAACACUUCUCGGUCAGAAUUUAUAAAACACCUGAAAAGAUAUGCCAGUGUAAAAAAUCAGUUUAAUUUUCCAUUUGUUGAGACUUACACUGUUGAGGAAGUAAAAGUUCAUCCAAGAAACAAUACCAGUGGAUAUAAUCCAGAGGAGGAGGAUGAAACUGCUUCAGAAAAUGGGUUUCCUUGGAAUGUAGAUGGCGAUUUAAUGGAAGUUUCAUCAGAGGUCCAUAUUAGAUUGCAUCCAAGACUUAUCAGUCUUUAUGGAGGAAGCAUGGAAGAAGUAAAUGAUUCCAAAGUCACCUGUAAUUGUUUCUAAAGGAAAUGUGCAAACUAGAAGUUUAAUAUUAAGAAAUAUGGCCAUUCUUUAAACCUGGGGUUCUCACCCUUUUUGAUACCAGGGACCAGUUUCAUGGAAGAUAAUUUUUUCAUGGAUGGGGGGAAUGGUUUCAGGAUGAAACUGUUCCACCUCAGAUCAUCAGGCAUUAGAUUCGUAUAAGGAAUAUGGUACCCUAGAUCCCUCACCAGUUCAUAACAGGAUUCACACUCCUAAGAGAAUCUAAUGCUGCUGCUGAUCUGACAGGAGGUGGAACUCAGGCAGUAAUGCUCAGUUGCUCCAGCCUCUUGCUGUGUGGCCAGUUGGGGAUCCCUACUUUAAACAGAUAUCCUAAUAGCAAUUGCUAUUUUUGAUGUUACUAACAAUUAGCCUCUAUGGUUUUAAAAGUCAAGAUGAAAUAUCAAUUCCAAUUUUGGUUUUUACAAUGUUUACUGGAUGCACACAAAAACUUAGGCAACAUCUUGAUAUAUCAAUGUGGAUACUUUCAUUUUUCAGAAUUUGAGCCCAUUAAUUAUGUUGUCUUCCCUGAUUUUACUGAUCCCUAAUCCAGAGCAGUUAAAUUUCAAAAUAACAUAGUUAUAGAUAGACUACCUGCCAAAAAACCCCCAUCUCUGUCUUCUUAAAUUUUAUUUUGAACUGGGCAAAAUUUAGCCAAAUACAUAAUUGCAUUUCUCUUUAUCAGAGGGGCCUGUGUUGGACAAUCAUAGUGCACUGCUUUCAAUGUGCUCAAAUAAUACCUAAAGUAUAUAGUCGUUUCUGAGUAGGAAAGAACCAAAUUUAAAUUUCUAGAGAAGGCAGUUCUGAAUUGGGGCUUGACUUCUUAUCUGUGAUCCUAAGACGUUCUCCUGUAAGAAUGGCUGGACUCUUUAUAAUGAUAAAAGGAUAAAAAUGUAUCUUUUGCACAAAGAGUGUUUUCAAAAAUACAUAAAUGUCACAAAGUUUA